GAAAUAUUCUUAAUGUGUUUGGGUUGCCAAGACAGCCUGAAGAUCUUGCUUGACCUAAAGGUAGAUGAGCAGGUAUUAAUCACCAUGUAUAAUGUUUCCAUGGGAAAAUAGUAUAUUCAUUGUCAGUAACUAACAAACCUUUAAAUCGCAGAUCAUGUAUUGUCUUUAAGUUGAUGGUUUCAGUGUCUUUCGUGCUCACUGGCCAUUUCACCUACAGGAGUGAUGAUUUUGAAACUACCUUUUCUGAAGAGAAGAGGAGGGGGUGUAGACCCAACCGUCAAAGAGCGCCUAUGGUUGACACUCUACUGGCCCAGGGAUCAGCCAACGCAGCUGGUGUCCAGUUGUUUUGGGGGUGAACUGCUGCUUUGGGAUCUCACUCAGUCUUGGAGACGGAAAUAUACCCUCUUUAGCACUUCAUCAGAAGGACAGAAUCAUUCCAGAAUCGUGUUUAAUUUAUGUCCUUUGCAAACUGAGGACGACAAGCAGCUGCUUCUUUCCACAUCAAUGGAUAGAGAUGUAAAAUGUUGGGACCUGGCCACACUGGAGUGCUGCUGGACCCUGCCUUCCCUCGGUGGGUUUGCCUACAGCCUAGCUUUCUCUCCUGUGGAUGUGGGCUGUUUGGCUAUAGGCGUUGGGGAUGGCAUGAUCCGUGUGUGGAACACUCUCUCCAUAAAGAACAACUAUGAUGUGAAAAACUUUUGGCAGGUCAAGUCCAAGGUUACAGCGCUGUGCUGGCACCCAAACAAGGAAGGUUGCUUAGCAUUUGGAACAGAUGAUGGAAAAGUGGGAUUGUAUGACACCUACUCCAGCAAACCUCCCCAGAUUUCUAGCACAUAUCAUAAGAAGACUGUGUACACGUUAGCUUGGGGACCACCCGUAUCCCCAAUGUCACUUGGUAAGUAUCUUGACAAUAAACAUCCUUUUUAUGCCAACCACUUCAACCAAAAUGAUACUGUGUACAAAUUGCCUGUACACACAGAGAUCAGCUGGAAAGCAGAUGGCAAAAUCAUGGCUCUUGGCAAUGAAGAUGGAUCAAUAGAAAUAUUUCAGGUUCCCAACUUACGACUGAUCUGCACCAUCCAACAGCAUCACAAGCUUGUGAAUACCAUUUCCUGGCAUCAGGAUCAUGGCAGCCAGCCUGAGCUGAGCUAUCUGAUGGCCUCUGGCUCCAACAAUGCCGUCAUUUAUGUGCACAAUCUGAGAACUGUCCUAGAGAGCAAUCCUGAGGCUCCAGUGACCAUUACAGAGCCCUACCGGACCCUCUCUGGACAUACGGCCAAGAUCACUAGUCUGGCAUGGAGCCCACAUCAUGAUGGAAGGCUGGUGUCUGCUUCCUAUGAUGGUACAGCCCAGGUAUGGGAUACUCUCCGAGAAGAGCCUCUUUAUAAUUUCCGAGGACAUCGAGGCCGACUGCUUUGUGUGUCAUGGUCUCCUUUGGAUCCGGAUUGCAUCUACUCAGGGGCAGAUGACUUCUGUGUAUACAAAUGGCUAACUUCCAUGCAAGUUCAUUCCCGGCCUCCUCAAGGCAAAAAAAGUAUUGAAUUAGAGAAAAAACGGCUCUCUCAACCUAAGCCAAAGGCCAAAAAGAAGAAAAAGCCCACCUUCCGUGUGCCUGUAAAGCAAGAGUCAUUUGACGGGAACGAAGAAGAGGGCAUAAAGGAGAACUCAGGACCUGUUGAAAAUGGAGUGUCAGACCAGGAAGGGGAGGAAGAAGCACAGGAGCCAGAGUCACCCUGUGGCCUUGCUUUAGUGGUUUCUAGAGAACCAGUUAUUAGUACUCCAGUUUCCUCAGGCUUUGAAAAGUCAAAAGGCACUAUUAAUAACAAAGUCAUUUUACUGAAAAAGGAGCCACCUAAAGAGAAGCCAGAAGCCUUAAUCAAAAAGAGAAAAGCUCGUUCCAUGCUUCCUCUGAGCACAAGCCUGGACCAUAGGUCCAAAGAAGAGCUUCAUCAUGACUGUUUGGUGCUAGCAACUGCAAAACACUGCAGAGAGCUAAAUGAGGAUGUGUCUGCUGAUCUUGAGGAAAGAUUUCACCUGGGGCUUUUCACAGAUAGGGCUACCUUGUACAGAAUGAUUGAAACUGAAGGAAAAGGUCACUUGGAAAAUGGCCACCCAGAAUUAUUUCACCAGCUUAUGCUUUGGAAAGGAGCAGAAAAACAAACAGCAGCAGAAAGAGGGGAGCUGACAGAUAAUCUUGUGGCUAUGGCACCAGUAGCUGGCUACCAUGUAUGGCUAUGGGCUGUGGAAGCCUUUGCCAAACAGUUGUGUUUCCAGGAUCAGUAUGUCAAAGCUGCCUCUCAUCUGCUUUCUAUUCACAAAGUGUAUGAAGCUGUGGAGCUGCUCAAGUCAAACCACUUUUACAGGGAAGCUAUUGCAGUUGCCAAGGCUCGGUUGCACCCAGAGGACCCAGUCCUGAAGGAUCUGUACCUCACCUGGGGAACCAUCCUAGAAAGAGAUGGGCAUUAUGCCAUAGCAGCCAAAUGCUAUUUAGGAGCCACUUCCCCUUAUGGCGCCAAAGUUUUGGCAAAAAAAGGGGAUGCAGCCUCACUUAAAACAGCGGCGGAGCUGGCUGCGAUCGUAGGAGAGGAUGAGUUGUCUGCUUCUCUGGCUCUCAGAUGUGCCCAAGAGCUGCUUCUAGCCAAGAAUUGGGUGGGAGCCCAGGAAGCCUUGCAGCUACAUGAAAGCCUACAGAGUCAGAGACUGGUGUUUUGCCUGCUUGAGCUCCUGUGCAGGCAUCUGGAGGAAAAACAGCUUCCAGAAGGCAGAGGCUUCUCUUCUUACCACGCUUGGGCCAUAGGCACCGAAGGUCCCUUUGUGCAGAGAGUGACUGCAGUGUGGAAGAGCAUCUUCAGCCUGGACACCCCAGAGCAGUAUCAGGCUGUCUUUCAGAAGCUGCAAAACGUCCAGUAUCCAUCUGCCACAAAUAACACUCCCUCCAAACAGCUCCUGCUUCAUAUUUGCCAUGACUUGACCUUGGCAGUGCUGAGCCAACAGGUGGCCUCCUGGGAUGAGGCUGUGCAAGCACUUCUUCGGGCUGUGAUCCGGAGCUACGACUCUGGGAACUUCACCAUCAUGCAGGAAGUCUACUCGGCCUUCCUCCCUGAUGGCUGUGACUACCUAAGAGACAAACUGGGUGACCAUCAAUCCCCAGCCAUACCAGCUUUCAAAAGUUUGGAGGCCUUUUUUAUUUACGGGCGUCUGUAUGAAAUCUGGUGGUCUCUCUCCAGGCCUUGCCCUGAGUCCAGUGACUCGGCGAGGGCUGGUCGUGGGAGGACUCUCUCUGUUGAGCAGCUGGACAGUGCCAGGGCUGAAGAGACUGACCCUGAAGCUGCUCCUCAGCCAGAGCCAAGCAGACCUGCAGAACUACUAUUGAGACUCACAGAAGAAAGUAAGCGAGUGCUAAGUGCUUGUAAGGAGCUCUUUUCAGAAAAGUAUGCCAGUCUCCAGAACUCACGCAGAACUGUUGCUGAAGUCCAAGAGACUUUAGCAGAAAUGAUCCGUCAACACCAGAAAAGUCAGCUCUGUAAAUCCACAGCCAAUGGUCCUGAUAAGAAUGAACCUGAACAGGAAGAAGACCUUGCUAGUCCUCAGAGCCAGUGUAAAGAAGAAAAAAAUGAGAUGGUCUCUCUGCCUGAAUUAACCAAAAGGCUUACGGAGGCAAACAAAAGAAUGGCUGACUUUCCUGAGAGUAUUAAGACCUGGCCCUUCCCAGAUGUGCUGGAGUGCUGCCUCGUCCUGCUUCAUAUUGGGUCCCAGUACCCUGGUUGUGUGACCCAAGAAAUGCAACAACAGGCCCAAGAACUCCUUCAGAAAUACAGCAACACUAAAGCUUACAAAAGACACUGCCAGACCUUCUGCACGUGAACUUUCAGGGACCUUGCAGAAACUGUGCCACAGAAUUAUUGACAUCUUUCAACUCUGCAGUUAUACCUCGCCAGGCAUUCACUCUGAUCCCUAGAUGUGUUUGCAGUAAUCCAGACUAAUACAGUGAGGGUGGUUAAGCUUGAAUCAACUGUCUACCCUUAGACACAGUGGAGUCUGACUUGGAACUCAAAAUCAUGGGAAGCCAGCAAUAGUUGCUCAGAACUAAUACCUGCAGAGUGAUUAUGUCAUCUCUAAAGCCUUAUGCAGGUUUCACCCAAAGAGGAGAAACUUUUGUAACCACCCAAAGUGUUAUGUUCUUGAACACAGUUACCUUUAUAAAUACUUGACCUGAUCGUAAACAACUCAUUUUUGUUGAAGGUGGAAUUGCCACAUUUUAUGGCUAUUGGUAUAGUUUUGUUUUUAAUUAUUUUUAUUAACCUAAGUUCUCCCACAUAUACUCUUUCCAAGACUCAAGUUUGAAUGUGAUAUAGGCCUUUCUCAUCAUGUUGACUCUUGAUCCUUCAUCUGAACUUUAGGUUGAAAGUUUGAAUUUAUUGUUUUACAGAAUUGCUUAUUUGGACAAAUCAGUUACUAAAGCUUUACAGCAACAAAUAAUUAUCUCAAAUGUGUGUUAUCCCUUCAGUUUUGUGACAAAUGAUUGAUGGUGAUCCAUUAGCUCAGGAAGAAAUUAUUUCAGUGAUUCUUAAUCUUUUGUGGUCACAGAACCCUUUUGAGAAUUAAAACCACAAAUACUCUUUGGAGAAAAAUGCAUAUUCUUAAUUUUAUGUAUAUAAGUUUUGGAUCAUUGGACUACAGUCUUACCACAAAGGAACCCUAAUACUAUUUAAUUACAAAUUGUUUUUUUUUUCUUUAAUAUUUUUAGUUGUAGAUGGACACAAUACCUUUGUUUAUUUAUUUUUAUGUGGUGCUGAGGAUCAAACCCAGGGCCUCAUGUGUGCUAGGCAAGCGCUCUACCACUGAGCCCCAACCCCAGCCCCUGUAAAUUCUUAUUCUUCCUUCUGCAGAUUUAAACAGUUGAACAAUAUUUCAUAUCCAGUUACUAAGACAGGAAAAUUAGACAAUCUCAGGUGGGGGAGGGAGUACUCCUUCCCAAUAAUUUAACUGUUUUCUUUUAAGAUUCAUUGUGAAGGCUUUUUUGCUUGGGUAUCUAGUUUUUCAAUUAAUUCCUAAGGUUGGAGUUGUAAAAGCAGCAAGAAUGAAAUUAACAGGGACUCUCAAAUAAGAAAAAGGCUUGAGAGACAGUUUUGUUUAAAAGACAUUUUUAAGUGCCUAGCUUUAAUGUUUAAAAAAAUGCUAAAUCACAAAAAGGAAAUACAGUAAAAUUUAAAUCCUCAUAGUCCUUUACAUAGUAACUGAACUUUAAUAAGAAGAUGCAGUGGUCCUAAGGGUAGAGAAUCUUUGAAUGCAAAGAUAAAUGGGUGUGGCUAACUGCAGACUAGAUGGCAGGUUCCACAACAAAUUAAAAAAAAAUGUAUUCCCUUCCAACUUGAGUAAUGAGCAGUUAUUAAACUAGAAAUUCCAAACUCCUGUGUGAUUCACUAAAACAUUACCUGUGGGAGGAGGAACUCUGCACAAAUACAAAUACUGCUUGGUAAGACCCAAGAAUUGCUACUUGAAAACUGCAAUAAAAACAAGGCUGUCUCCUAUC